AAUGGUGAAACCAAGAUCUGAAUUAGUAAGAUUUUUAAUAUUAUCCAGUAAUUCAGUGUUUUAAGGCCUGAGAGUGGAAUUGAAACAAUACAACUACUGCUUCUACCAGAGGAAAAUAGUAUGGGGAUUCCUCUUAUGCCUCCAGUUUUGUUUGGAUGCCCACCUCUGUCCCACGUGACUUGGAGAAAUCCCUAAUAGUCCAUCACUGGUGCAAGCUAUAUUUAAUGGAGAUCCUGAUGAAGUUCGAGCACUAAUAUUUAAGAAAGAAGAUGUUAACUUUCAGCGACUAAUUGUUCAGUAAUUUCUGUGCCAAGAAUUCUGUUUGCUGGGGACAAUGAAAAGAGAACUCCACUGCAUGCUGCAGCCUAUCUUGGAGAUGCAGAGAUCAUUGAACUGCUUAUUUUAUCUGGAAGCAGUUCAGGUACUCUUGAAGCAUUCUGCUGAUGUUAAUGCUAGAGACAAAAAUUGGCAAACCCCUUUACACAUAGCUGCUGCUAAUAAAGCCGUGAAGUGUGCUGAAGCUUUGGUACCUCUUCUGAGUAAUGUGAACGUGUCUGAUCGAGCAGGGAGAACUGCAUUGCAUCAUGCAGCUUUCAGUGGACAUGGUGAGAUGGUCAAACUACUCCUGUCUAGAGGUGCCAAUAUUAAUGCUUUUGACAAGAAAGAUAGACGUGCUAUUCAUUGGGCAGCUUAUAUGGGUCACAUUGAAGUAGUGAAAUUACUUGUGGCACAUGGAGCUGAAGUGACAUGCAAGGAUAAGAAGUCCUAUACACCUCUUCAUGCUGCAGCCUCUAGUGGAAUGAUCAGCGUAGUCAAAUACCUUCUAGACCUUGGAGUUGAUAUGAAUGAACCAAAUGCCUAUGGAAAUACACCUCUUCAUGUAGCCUGCUAUAAUGGACAAGAUGUUGUAGUGAAUGAACUUAUAGACAGUGGUGCUAAUGUAAAUCAAAAGAAUGAAAAAGGAUUUACUCCUUUGCACUUUGCUGCUGCAUCAACACAUGGAGCACUGUGUUUAGAGCUUCUAGUAGGCAAUGGGGCUGAUGUCAAUAUGAAGAGCAAAGAUGGGAAAACCCCACUGCACAUGACUGCCCUCCACGGUAGAUUCUCCAGAUCACAAACCAUUAUCCAGAGUGGAGCUGUAAUUGACUGUGAGGAUAAAAAUGGAAACACCCCUUUGCACAUAGCAGCAAGGUAUGGCCACGAGCUGCUAAUCAACACUCUUAUUACAAGUGGUGCUGACACUGCAAAGCGUGGCAUACAUGGGAUGUUCCCCCUCCAUUUGGCAGCCUUAAGUGGUUUUUCAGAUUGCUGCAGGAAACUUCUUUCUUCUGGAUUUGAUAUAGAUACCCCAGAUGAUUUCGGUAGGACCUGUCUACAUGCAGCUGCAGCUGGAGGGAAUUUGGAGUGCCUAAACCUUCUGCUAAAUACUGGUGCAGACUUCAACAAAAAGGACAAAUUUGGGAGAUCUCCACUGCACUAUGCUGCUGCCAACUGCAAUUACCAGUGCCUGUUUGCUCUUGUGGGAUCAGGAGCCAGUGUGAAUGACCUUGAUGAAAGAGGAUGCACACCCCUGCACUAUGCGGCUACAUCAGACACAGAUGGCAAGUGCCUAGAAUACUUACUAAGAAAUGAUGCAAAUCCAGGGAUCCGGGAUAAGCAAGGAUACAAUGCAGUACAUUAUUCUGCUGCGUAUGGUCACCGACUAUGUCUUCAGCUGAUUGCAAGUGAAACUCCUUUAGAUGUUUUAAUGGAAACCUCGGGAACAGAUAUGCUGAGUGAUUCAGACAACAGAGCAACAAUAAGCCCUUUACACUUGGCUGCCUAUCAUGGUCACCAUCAAGCACUAGAAGUGUUGGUACAGUCUUUGUUAGAUCUUGAUGUGAGAAACAGUAGUGGAAGAACACCCUUAGAUCUUGCAGCAUUUAAGGGCCAUGUUGAAUGUGUGGAUGUACUCAUUAAUCAGGGAGCCUCAAUCUUAGUCAAAGAUUACAUUUUGAAGAGAACGCCUAUACAUGCAGCAGCAACAAAUGGUCAUUCAGAAUGCUUACGACUACUAAUAGGAAAUGCAGAACCACAAAAUGCUGUAGACAUUCAAGAUGGAAAUGGACAGACUCCUCUGAUGCUGUCUGUUCUCAAUGGGCACACAGAUUGUGUUUACUCACUGCUAAACAAAGGAGCAAACGUAGAUGCCAAAGAUAAGUGGGGAAGGACAGCACUGCAUAGAGGGGCAGUUACAGGCCAUGAAGAAUGUGUAGAUGCAUUACUUCAACAUGGUGCUAAGUGCUUAUUUCGGGAUAGUAGAGGCCGGACACCUAUACACUUGUCAGCUGCCUGUGGGCACAUCGGUGUUCUUGGAGCCCUUUUGCAGUCAGCAGCCUCUGUGGACACAAACCCAGCCACAGCCGACAAUCAUGGAUAUACAGCGCUUCACUGGGCCUGCUACAACGGUCAUGAGACAUGUGUAGAACUUCUUUUAGAACAGGAAGUUUUCCAGAAAAUUGAAGGAAAUGCUUUCAGUCCAUUGCAUUGUGCUGUGAUCAAUGACAACGAAGGUGCUGCUGAGAUGUUGAUUGACACAUUAGGUGCCAGCAUCGUGAACGCCACAGAUUCAAAAGGAAGAACUCCUCUCCAUGCUGCUGCCUUUACAGACCAUGUGGAGUGUUUACAGCUGCUGCUCAGCCAUAAUGCUCAAGUCAAUUCUGUGGACUCUUCCGGGAAAACACCUCUCAUGAUGGCUGCAGAAAACGGACAAACAAACACAGUUGAGAUGCUGGUUAGCAGUGCUAGUGCAGAUCUGACUUUACAAGACAACACUAAAAACACCGCCCUCCAUUUGGCUUGCAGCAAGGGUCAUGAAACUAGUGCCUUGUUAAUACUGGAAAAGAUAACAGAUAGAAACCUCAUCAAUGCAACUAAUGCAGCCUUGCAAACACCUCUGCAUGUUGCUGCCCGAAAUGGGCUAACAAUGGUGGUUCAGGAACUUUUGGGGAAAGGAGCAAGUGUGCUUGCAGUAGAUGAAAAUGGCUAUACCCCAGCUUUGGCCUGUGCUCCCAAUAAGGAUGUAGCUGAUUGCCUAGCUCUCAUCUUGGCCACCAUGAUGCCUGUCUCAUCAAGUAGUCCUUUAUCAUCCCUGACAUUCAAUGCCAUUAAUCGUUACACCAACACCUCAAAAACAGUCAGCUUUGAAGCCUUGCCCAUCAUGAGGAAUGAACCGAGCUCCUAUUGCAGUUUCAACAACAUUGGCGGGGAACAGGAGUACUUAUACACCGACGUGGAUGAGCUCAAUGACUCUGACUCCGAGACCUACUGAGAGGCUGAGCCAGGGGUCGAGAGAGUUCUGACACUAACGCUUCAGACUGUGCUUUUCAGGAGGAAGGCGCUUCCUCAUUCAAGUACAACUUCAGCCUGAGAGGGAAGAUCUCAGAGUGAACGAGUGUAAGACAUGUGACGACAUUAGGAAGAAGAAUUUUAAAGGCAAGUUUUGCAAAAGGAACUUUUAGGGUCUUGAAAUAGACUUGAUCAGAGGAAAACACUUUGAUGUCAAAUUGCUUUGUGGAAUUGUUUCAUUUGGUUUUGCAGUGCCAGGAAUAAUUUGGGACACUGUGCACCCUAAUCUGCUUACACAAGCAACACUAUUAUAAAAAAAGAGAUAAGGACACUAGAUUUAAAUGUUAUCAGUAGAGCUACAGUUAUAUUUAAGGGCAAUAAAAGUUUGGUGCAGUAGGCAUUAUGUGCACAGCAAAUUGCCAAAGGACCAAAUAAGUUAAAGGGUUUAAUAGAAUGCCAUUUUGUGGAGACUGGAGUAGGGGAAAUAAGACAUUAUCUAAACCAAACGAAUAUUUCUGAAAAUGAAGCUGAGAUUUGGUUUUAAAUAUUGAUUUUUUUUUUUUUUAAGAGAAAACAUCUGAAAGCCUUCGAAUCCUGUAUAAACCAUGAGAGAAAGCAGAUGUAUUUUUACAUUUUUUCUUUUACAUAAAAAUUUUAAAAUUCCAAGUUUUAUAAUAUUAGAAUUGAAAACCAGCUGACUGGGUGCAGUGAGGGCGAAAACUUGUGAUGUAGACAUGAGAUAGAUCAGGGCCAGGCUACUGUUGCCCAGUUUUGAAUGAUUUAGGUUUUUAAUUGAACUAUUUUUGUUUGAAAAAUGUAAAGAAUUUCCUAGAAGAAAAUUUCAAAAAAUCCAAAAUUAAAUUAUUUUCACCUUAUUGCAGCUAAGCUUUCAGCAUCACUACUUUGGAUGGUACACCUUCAUCACUUACUACUCUCUGUGCCUCCUCCAGGAUUGGGGGAUUUUUGUUGUCUUUGUUUAGUGAAGAAUCAAAUCCCUUGUUAUUGAUAUGUUAACAUCAUCAGGUCCUUUAGAAGUCAUUUGCAUAUUGGGCAAGAUUUAAAAUACUAAAAUCUUUAGGUCCUAUUCAGAUUGGGGGAAAGAAGCAACUGCCUUUCGAAUAACAGAGGGGUGAGGAGAGAGAGAGAAGGCUGACAUUUAGGCUUUUAAACAACAAUUUACAUUGUUCUGCUUUUACUAUAACUCACUUUCCCAGUGAGAAUGAUUUCACACGUGUAGGGGGUCUUACAGGUCUAGGUAGAGUUCCAUAAAUUUUCACAAAAUGAUUCCCAAUUUCAUUUUAUCCUUUUUGUAUUGUAAAACUGGAAACUUUAUGACAUUGUAAAUUAUCAGCUGGUUUUUCUGAAUAUAAAGUGUGAAAACACAGAACAGUAUUUUGAUCUAUUUGAUAAUUUUGUGGGUUUUUUGAAGAAUUAAUGAGCAUGUACAUAGAAAUAGUGACUGCUUGAAUACUGUAUUUACUUGCACUCUUUCAGUACAUCAAGAUUCCUGUAUAUUUUAGAGUAUAAUAAAACACAGAUGUGAGUUGUAUUUAAUGAAUAAUGUAUUUGUAUCUGUGCAUAUGACCUAAAAAUCUAUAAAGUUUCUAGGGCAUUGACUACUAGAUUUUAAGCAUU